UUAGAAAGGAAUAUUUUAUUAUUCAUCAUUUUUCAUAUUUUAAGUGUCUAAUAUGUUUUGUAUUCCACCAAAAAUUAAGAACUAUUAUAAUACCUGCAAGGUGAUAAGGUAAUAUUAUUAUAUCUGGAUAUGAUCUAAUCAUUGGAAUACGUCUUAAAAUUGUAUCAAUAUAUGAAUACAUGAGAAAGGUAUAUAUUUAUAUUUCGCGUAUCAUGAAAAACAUUACAACCAGUAAGAUAAAGUUAUUUGUUUCUCUGUCACGUGUAAAUGAAAUGAAGUCCAAUUUACAUUAAUAAUAAUAGGGAAUUGUACCCAAUAAAUCCACGUUGAGUAUACGUAUAAUAUGGAUAGGAAAGCGAAACAAAUACAGGGCUUAGACUAGUUUGAAGCCGAAUGCGAUUCAUUAAUUCCCCACACGGUGCAAACGAGUACGCCCACGAGACCCUGAGACGAACGUGAACGAAUACUUUUACAAGCUCGAACCUGCAAACUUCUCACGAGUCGUUCUUCCACCUCUCAACGCAACGCAUCUCGUCUGAGCGAUCCGACCAGAUGGAUCAUCUUUGGGAAACGCACGGUCGCCGGUUAAGCGAGGCUGGCUUGCGCAGAGGAUCAGAUAACAGUGUCGUCUUAACAGAAGACACCGACAGCUUCAUAAUAGGAGACCGAGUAUGGGUUGGUGGUACCAAACCAGGCGCCAUCGCCUACAUAGGAGAGACCCAAUUUGCACCUGGAGACUGGGCUGGUGUAGUCCUGGAUGAACCAAUCGGAAAGAAUGAUGGCUCAGUUGCUGGUUGCCGAUAUUUUCAAUGCGAACCGAAACGAGGGAUAUUCUCACGUUUGACUAGGCUCACCAGAGCACCGUUGUCGGAUAUGGCAUCACCUACACAGAAGACACCAACAUCUCCACUUGGCAAUAUGAAAGAAGGCUUGAGCAAGUCUAUGUCUCCGUCUUUAAACGCAUCAACGACGAGUCUGUCGUCCACGAUGUCACAGAGGGAUCUCAGGAUAGGCGACAGGGUAAUAGUAUCGUCCAGCCAAGGCAGCAAAACAGGUGUCCUCAGGUACAUGGGCCCCACAGAAUUUGCACCAGGCGAAUGGUGUGGCGUGGAACUCGAUGAUCCAAUUGGAAAAAACGAUGGCUCCGUUGGUGAUAAGAGGUACUUUGAGUGUCGACAUAAAUACGGCCUGUUCACACCCGCACACAAGGUCACCCGGUCGCCAACCAGCAAAAGGUCAUCGUGUAUGGUACACAAGCCAACCGGCGCUGCUCUAAACUCAUCCCUGAAGAAGAUUGGUUCCAGAGAGUCUUUACUUUCACUGUCGAGCAUCGCCAGCACCGCGAGCGUAGCCACCAGGGCUGGUGUUAGCUCAGCGAGGAGGCCUGGUUUGCGCACGUCGACACCUGCACGAAUUACACUGCAGGAAACAUUAAAAGAGAAGCAGCAGGAGAUAGAAAUUCUUCGGAAAGAAAGAGAUCUAGAACGUGAGCGCGUUACAAAAGCUGCUAAUCAAGCAGAUCAAGCUGAACAAUCAAUUAUUUCAAUAAAACAAGAAUAUGAACAGUACCGAGAAAAGAUGCAGAAAACAGUUACAGAAGCAGAAACUGCAUUCACAAAACUGCUUCAGGAGAAGAAUGCCCUGGCUUUACAAUUGGAAGAGGAGAAGAGGAAAUGUGAAGAUCUUUUGUUUCGGUUUGAAGAAGAAUCAGUCAAUAAGGAUGAUAUUCAGAAAGAGAGAACUGAGCAAUGUGUAAUAAAUACGGUAAAUGAAAAUAGAAUAAAGGAUCUCGAAAAGCAAUUGUUAGAGGAAAGGGAACGCGUUGCUCAAUUAGAACGCGAUAGCAUAAAACUGUUUGAAACCGAAGAGGAAUUGACACGUCUUCGCAACGAGAUCUCCACUGUUACCGCUCAAGAUAAACACCAGUUGGAAGACUUGCAGAUUCGCAAUAAGAGUUUAGAAGAAAUUAAGAACAAUCUUGAAAGGGAAGUACAAGAAAAGACAACACUUGUGGAACAAUGUGUCGUACAAAUAAAAGAACUGGAAUCAACAUUGAAUGAUAAUCAAAGGGAAAGUACCAAAUCAGAAACUGUUUUACGAACAGAAUUAGAACAAUCAACGAAAAGUUUAGAGGAGAAAAAUACUCUGAUAGAAAAUAUGAAAAAAGAAUUUGAAAAUAGUACAAAUACUUUGAAAGAAGAACUGCAAAAAGCCACCGAAAUGAUAGAGACUGUAAAAAAAGAAACCACGAGUGAAAAGGAAUCAUUGAUAUCUAAAUAUGAAAAAAUGGUGGAGGAGAAAGAAAAUCUUCUAAAGAUAAAAAUUCAAGAAUUAGAAAUGGGAUCUAAAAAACAAUUAGAGAUACAAAACGUUGCUUUGGAGGAUUUAAAAGCUGAGAAUGAAAAACAAAUUAACAAACUUUCAGAGUCCUUCAACGAACAGUUAAGUAUGAAAAAUUCAGAAAUCAAGGAAGUUUCAAUGGAAUUAAAUAAAAAAAUAUCAGAAACUGAAAAACUGAUGGCAGAACUGGCAGCACAGGUUAAUAUAAAUAAUAAAAAAGAUGAGGAGUUAAACAUUGCUUUGAAAAAACUUGAAGAACUGAACGAAAAAUUGAAGUUAAUGGAAGAGAAGAAUGAUAUGCUUUCUAAACAGAUACAAGAGUAUCAAUCAAAGGCUGAAGAUAGCUUUAAAAUAGUUCAAGAAAAGCAAAAAUUAGAACAAGACAUUGCGUCUUUACGAGCUACCGAGGCAACUUCUUCUACACAAUUACAAAAAUUAAACGAAGAAUUGAAAGUGAAGGAAAAAGAAUUGUCCGAGCUUCGUUCAACUACCGCAGCUGAAAUAGAGGAAUUAACUAAACGUUAUCAGCGUCAAAUUGAAGAAAAAGCGAAACAUAUUGAAGAGGCAAACACAAACAUAUCUCAAAAGUCAUUAUUACUUAGCAAAUUAGAAAAUGAUAUAGUUGAACUAAAAUCAAUUCUAGCGAAUAAAGAUCAAGAGAUCAAAACUCUUAUGGAAAAAACUUUAGAGUUACAGAGCACGCUUACUACGUCAGAACAAAGUAAAACAAAUUUGGAGAAUCAGCUUCGGACAUUUGAAAGCAACAUAGAACAAUUAAAUCAGCAAGUAGCUGGCACGGAAAAUAAGUUGUCUCAGGUUACCGCUCAAAAAGAGAAAUUGGAGGCUGAUAUUGCAAAUAUGAUAAGUACUUCCACUGAUUCGUCUGCACAACUUGUAAAAUAUAACGAAGAUUUGCGAUUAAAAGAGAAAGAAUUAGAUGCAUUAAAAGAUAGAGCAUUUAACAGUGAUAGUAUGCUGAAAUCAUUAGAGGCUAAAUUGGAUAAUACAGAAGUACAAUUAAAAAAAGCUAACGCAGUAAUUGAAGAACAACGCUCGGCAUUAGAAGAUAAUAAGACUCAGUUGGAAAAAGAGAAAACAUUAAAUACAACGUUAUCUGAUAAAAUAACAGCUUUUGAAACAGAGAUAGUAGAACUGAAUAAGCAAAUACAGGAAAAUGAACAUAUUAAGCAGAAUCUUAAAGAAAAAUCUGAAGAAGCAUUGAACCUUAUGAAUGAAUUAACAAACCGUAAAGAUGAAGUUCUUAAUCUUCAAAAACAAUGUGAUACGCUGCAAAACUCGCACAAGGAAGAGAUAUUAUCGCUUCAAAAAGAAAUGAGUAAUUUAAAAUCAGAAUUGACUGCUUCUAAAGAAGAGACAAAAGCAAUGCAAAAAUUGAAAUCGAAACUAGAAGCAGAUCAAAGUGCCAAUCGUUGGUCUAUCGAAGAAUUAACAGAGAAAUUAACAGCUGAGACUGAAAACCGUUCAAAAUUAGAAUCUUUAAUAACCGAGAAAGAUUCUUAUUUGCAACAGUUACAAAAUAAAUAUUUGAAAUUACAAGAAACUAAUGAAACAUUAAUAAAUAGUAAAGAAACCACUAAUAAAAAUCUAACAACUUCGUUGGAUACUAUGUCCAAUGAAAUAAAAGAAUUAAAAGAUAAACUAGUCAAUGCAACAGAAACCAUCAAAAGUAAAGAAGAUGCUCUUGUUCAAACGAAAAAGGAAGCUGAACAAACUGAAGCGCAAGUUUUAAAACUUAAUGAUAUUAUUUCAAAAAUGCAAAAGGAUCAAUCAGAUAAUGCAAACGAAACGAAGAAGAUACAAGAUGCUCUUGUAGAAAAAGAAAAAGAAAUAUCUAGCAUUCUAGAAACAAAGAUUUCUUUAGAAAAUAAAGUACAAAAUUUAGAAUCACGAUUACAAGAUAAUGCAACAACGUUAGAAUCCCAAUUGAAGAGUGUACAACAGGAUUUAACCAUGAAAGAUAAAUCACUGCAGGAGAUGGAUCGCUUAAUAAAAGAAUUAGAAAGCUCUAAAGAUGAAUCUAUAACGAAAUUACGGAGUAACUACGAAUGUGAUAUGAAAUCUAAGCAAACUGAACUUGAAAAUGCAAUUAAGAAAAUUUCUGAAUUACAGCAGAAGCAACAAUCCGUUCAAACUUUGGUUGAGAAACAAAAUAUUGACUUAAAUAAUAAAGAAGUGAUGAUAGAGAAAUUAACAGCACAAAUAAAGGUUUUAGAAAAUGCACAAACAGAUAAGCUUAAAGCAGACGAACAGACGCGAAACGAAGAAAUAAAACUUACUCAAAGUAAACUGAAUGAAGUGAUUAAAGAAAAUAGGAAUUUGAUGGAUACUAAAGAAUCGUUUGAAAAAAUAUUAAAAGAACAGAAGGAGAAAAUCGAAAUACUAACAAAUACUAUGAAAAAUAAGGAAAAAGAAAGUGAGAAAAACAUGCAGAAUUUGAUGGAAAAAUUAAAUCGUGUAUCUUCAGAAUUCGCACAUUUAAAGGAAGCACAAAACAAUUUGGAAAAAGAAAAUAAAUUAAUUACUGCAAAAUGGACGGAGGCGACGAAUCAGUUAAAACUGACUCGCGAAAAUAUAAAGAAUAAUUAUGAUGCAGCAGGAGGUGAUAUGAAACAUAUAGGCGAUAAGGAUAUUGAUUCCUUAAAAUUAAAAGAAAACUAUGAAACGGCGAAAGGCCAGAUAGACUUUUUAAAUUCUGUAAUAGUAGAUAUGCAACGUAAAAAUGAAACUUUGUUAUGUAAAAUUGAGGUUCUUGAAAUGGGAGUACCCGCUAAUGAAGCUGACGAAUAUACAACAACCACCUUAGAGAAACGUAUGGCCGCACCACGUAUGUUCUGUGAUAUAUGUGAUCAAUUCGAUUUACAUGAAACAGAAGAUUGUCCACGCCAAGCCCAAGACUUUUUAGAAACAGAGAAAAUUGCAAAAUCCCCAAAAAAGGUGUCUGUGGAAAGACCGUACUGCGAAAACUGUGAAAUGUUUGGACACGAUACUCGUGAUUGCGAUGAUGCCGAAACGUUUUAAAAGCGUGUUAUUAUUUCUAAACCUAUCUUACCGCUUCUCAGAUAUUCUAGAUACAAGAAGAAACCUGUUGAAAUUUAGCAGAGUAUAUUUUUAUAUAAAAGAAUUUAAUGCUACCGUUGUGUGUAUGUCUUCCUGCAUAGGACAUGGGUAUUCAUUCACGAAUUCUAAUGACUUGAUGAAGAUCUGUGCUCUUGUUAAAUUCAUGGCUUGAAAGUCUGUUUUUACUGGAUUGUUUUGUGUGCAUAUUUGUGCUUCCAUUGUAAUUGUUAAAGUACAAAGCCAUACCAUUUGAUUACAAGCCACAGUUAUGGUUAAAUUGUUACGUUGUUUUAUAAAAAUGAAGCAUAUUUUGUUCAUUUUCAUUAUGAAAAGCUAAACGAUUACAGGUAUCGAUUAACGGGACUGUCUAAAGUUCGAUGUAAUUAUGUACAUAAUAGUUAUUUAUAUCAACCUGUACAUGUAUUUAUUUAUUUUGCGUUCAAAAACGCAGCAGAUACAGCGAUAGUUCCUGUAAUUAAAGAACGCAAUGAUCGAGUCAUUAGCGUUGAAGCGUAAGACAUUUCUUGCCUCAUUUGCAAGAGUUUAUAUUGAUUUAAUUGGUAGUACAUUUUUCUGAGAAAGUGCUUUUUACAUUCGAUAUAAAAAGAGGUAUUUAUUUUGUUUAUGUCAUCUAUUAUUUUUAUGAAAAUCAUUUCAGCGAAAUUGUACUACUAUGUCCUACUGUUGUCUUGCCUUUUAACUAAGCUUUAAUACAAGGUUGAUACAUUCAUUAGUCUUAAAAUUUUAUGCUUUGUAGUUAAGAGAAAUAAAAUUGUAAGAGACUGAU